CAUAUCCACUCGUUUUCAGUCUAUCCCAGGCUACUUCCUGUAGGCUUGAAAGAAACUUUUUGUGUAUAUUGUAUAUAUCUUUAUCCACAACUGCCGAAUCCAACGAGAGAAAGAAGAAAGAUAUGGAAGGACAAGAUGAGCAAACCAAGUCUAGAGUUGUGAAAGUUGACUCAGUUGAGUCUUGGGAUUUAUUUGUUUCCCAAGCCAACAAUCAAGGCUGCCCUAUUGUUGUCCACUUUAGUGCUUCAUGGUGCAUGCCUUCUGUGGCCAUGAAUUCGUUUUUCGAAGAAGUCGCAGCAGCUUAUCCUGAUGUUCUGUUUCUCUGUGUUGAUGUUGAUGAUCUUAAGGAUGUGGCUGCUAAACUGGAGGUAAAGGCGAUGCCGACAUUUGUGCUGAUGAGAGUAGGUAAUGUAGUUGACAAGCUGGUGGGUGCGAAUCCAGAAGAGAUAAAGAAAAGGAUUGAGAGCUUUGUUAAGUCCAUUCGGGUAUCGGUGGCCUAGUUGUUAGUCUUGAUAUUUGUAUAGGUGUACAGUUUCACAGCAUUUUGAGUAUGUAAUUGUCUUUAUCUUUGAUGGUUGCCUGCAAGUGUUUCUUUUUAUUGCUAUUGUGAAUUAUGUAAUAAAACAAUUCUUGUUCCACUUUUGAAUCUUUGAUGUUAGUUGCUGUAUUUGGUAUCUGAA